AUUGUCAAAGCCAACAACCGGGACCUCUCCUACAUCCUCCUGGUCUCCCUCCUACUUUGCUUCUUGUCUCCCUUUCUCUUCUUUGGUCAGCCAAGAAAGGCCACCUGCCUUCUCCAACAAGCAGUUUUCAGCAUCAUCUUCUCAAUUGCCAUUUCUUCUCUUUUGGCAAAAACGAUCAUGGUGGUGCUGGCUUUCCUGGCCACAAAACCAGGAAACGGAGUGAAGAAAUGGUUGGGAAAGAGCUUAGCCAAUUCCAUCAUCUUUUCUUGUUCUGCUGUCCAAAUUAUCAUCUGUUCCACCUGGCUGGGAGUUUCUCCCCCAUUUCCUGAUUCUGACUUUCACUCCCAGCCUGGAGAGAUCAUCCUGCAAUGCAAUGAAGGGUCUGCUGUCAUGUUCUACAUCACUCUCAGCUACCUGGGUUUUCUGGCUUCCAUCUGUUUCAUGGUGGCUUUCCUAGCCAGAAAUCUACCUGGGGCUUUCAAUGAGGCUAAGCUGAUUACCUUCAGUAUGCUGGUCUUCUGCAGUGUGUGGGUGACCUUUGUGCCCACUUACUUAAGCACCAAAGGGAAAUAUAUGGUGGCUGUUCAAAUAUUCUCCAUCCUGACCUCCAAUGCUGGUCUGCUGAGCUGCAUCUUCAUCCCCAAGUGCUACAUUGUCAUUCUGAGGCCAGACCUGAAUACAAAGGAACAGCUUACAACUAGAAGAAAUGUAGAAAUAUGA